CUGCUUUUAUCCUCUGGUUCUCGGAUCCUCAGGGGCUUAGCGUUGGAUCAGAAGCCGGGGACCUGGGGCGGGUGUGUGCGUGAACGCAAGCGGUAGGUGGGAGGAGUUGAAGGAGAGAGUUCCUCAUCACUCUCCUAGGCUGAUGUUUAGAGAGCGCUGAAACCGAGGCGGGAAGACGUGGAUGAGCCAGAGAAGUGGCGGAGGAUAAGUCAAAUUUAUGAGAUGGCGCUAAGCAAAUCAAUGCAUGCAAGAAAUAGAUACAAGGACAAACCACCUGACUUCGCGUAUCUGGCGUCUAAAUAUCCAGACUUUAAGCAGCACAUUCAGAUAAAUCUGAAUGGGAGAGUAAGUCUUAAUUUCAAAGACCCUGAAGCAGUCAGAGCUCUGACUUGUACUCUCCUGAGAGAGGACUUUGGACUUUCUAUUGAUAUUCCUUUGGAGAGACUAAUUCCCACAGUCCCCUUGAGACUUAACUAUAUUCACUGGGUAGAAGAUCUGAUUGGUCACCAGGAUUCUGACAAAACUACUCUCCGAAGAGGAAUUGACAUAGGUACUGGGGCAUCCUGCAUCUAUCCCUUACUUGGAGCAACCUUAAAUGGCUGGUAUUUCCUGGCCACAGAAGUGGACGACAUGUGCUUCAAUUAUGCCAAGAAAAAUGUAGAGCAGAAUAACCUGUCUGAUCUCAUCAAAGUGGUGAAAGUGCCGCAGAAGACACUUCUGAUGGAUGCGCUUAAGGAAGAGUCUGAGAUAGUCUAUGACUUCUGUAUGUGCAACCCUCCCUUUUUUGCCAACCAAUUGGAAGCCAAGGGUGUAAACUCUCGGAAUUCUCGAAGACCUCCACCUAGUUCUGUAAAUACAGGAGGCAUCACAGAGAUCAUGGCAGAGGGAGGUGAACUAGAAUUUGUCAAAAGGAUCAUCCAUGACAGUUUACAACUUAAAAAAAGAUUAAGGUGGUACAGCUGUAUGCUGGGAAAGAAGUGCAGUCUGGCUCCACUGAAGGAAGAGCUUAGAAUCCAAGGGGUUCCUAAAGUCACCUUCACGGAGUUUUGUCAGGGUCGGACGAUGAGAUGGGCCUUAGCUUGGAGUUUUUAUGAUGAUGUCACAGUACCAUCACCUCCAAGUAAACGAAGAAAAUUGGAAAAGCCAAGGAAACCCAUUACUUUUGUAGUGUUGGGGUCUGUGAUGAAAGAGUUAUCCCUCAAAGCCUCGUCUUUGGGCUCCGAGACAGUGGAAGGCAUAGUGGUUGUAACAACAUGGAUAGAAAAAAUCCUCACUGAUCUGAAGGUGCAACAUAAGCGGAUUCCCUGUGGAAGAGAAGAAGUUAGCCUUUUCCUGACAGCCAUAGAAAACUCGUGGAUUCAUUUAAGGCGGAAGAGAAGAGAGCGAGUGAGGCAGCUGCGGGAGGUGCCUCGGGCUCCUGAGGACGUCAUCUUAGCCUUGGAAGAGAGAAAGUCCACUCCCAAAGAGCUGAGUAGUGGCCAAGACAUGACCCAUUGCCUCCAAGAGAGUGCCUUGUGUGGGCUUGAUGUGCCGGAAGGCGAGUCUGCUGCUGUUGGUGGCCAUUGCCUCAGCCAGAAGUUACUGUGCCAGGAGGAAACACCGGAAGCUAUGGAGGAUGAAAGGGAUGAGGAAAGGGGAGGGAUGGAGGCCAUGGAAAGUUGUAAAGGCUCCAGCAAUGGAGCCCAGGACGGAGAGGCUUCUGAGAAGGGGGAUCACCUGGAUGGAGCGGCUGGACAUUACCUGUUUAAGUGUUUGAUGAACAUUAAGAAGGAAGCAGACGAUGCUGUUGUUGAAAUGCACUGGGUUGAGGGCCAGAAUAGGGAUUUGAUGAACCAGCUUUGCACCUACAUACGGAACCAAAUUUUGAGGCUUGUUGCUAGUUAAUUCUUAGUUUCUUCGACAGUUAGAAAAGUGUCUGUCUGGGGCUAGGGAUAUGGUGCAAUGGCCUUAUGUGCUUAGUAUCCAGAAGUUACCCUGUGUUGAGUCCCUUACAUCUAACAUCAAUACAAGGAAAAAACAAUCUAUAAAAUAGCUUGCUUUGGAGGUAGAACCUAUUGGGAAGUCAGAAGACUUUCACCCCGUCCUUUAGUGACCCCACGUGGAGUCAUCUUACAAAGCACACGUUUAGUUGGAUGUGCUCUGUGACACUUGUAAUCCCACUACUUGGAGGCUAAGGCAGGAAGACUGCUAUGGGUGUAAGGUCAGUCUACGCUACAGAGAAAGUCACUUGUCUAAAUAAAAAGAAAAGAGGAAAACAAAUGAAUCCAUUUUUAAUCACUCCGCUCUUAAAAGUUAUCUGGAGUUAUAUAAAUAGCACAGGAGGAAUUACGAUUAUUGCAACAGUAGAUAAACCUAGCAGGUCAUCUCAGCCAAAGGCCAGAGGGGCUCAGGUGGCAUCUGGUGUGGGUCAGUGCUGCCUAGAACAUGUCUGUCACUGAGGGUUGCUUGGUGAAGAGGGUAGCCGUGUUCUCCAGUGAAAGCAACACAGCAGAGCAGAGGCCCAGGAAUGCUCAUCGUUGCCUUUAAGACACCUGCUUUCUCAAGGAACCUGGCUAGCCUGGUGAUAGUGUGUCAGGGAGGGCAUCUUAGUCAGGCCAAGCCCGGGGGACACACGGGAAGCUGCAUGUUCAUCGCUCACUGCUCUUCUGACACUGCCUAUUGCAGAAGCAGACUUGAGUGAGCAAAACUCCGAGAUGUAGCUGCGGCACAGCACAGUGCGCCCGUCAGCCCACCGGCAGCAUCGUUUUGUAACAGUUGUACUGCUUUUUUUAAAUGUGAAAUGGAAUGUUUUGUUUUUUAAUAUAAGACUUAAGAAUUGAAAAUUA